AUGUUAGAAUGGGGAAUAAAUAAUGGUAUAGAGUGGAAUGAAAAAUUAAGUGUACAUGAUUUUGAAGAUAUAGGUAGAGGAGUAAUUGCGAAUCAUGAAAUUAAACAAGACGAAGUAUUAAUAUCAAUACCAGAGAAAUUUUUAAUACAUUCAAAAUCAAAAUUUUCACUUGAAAAAUUAAACCCUCCAAUCAUUAAAAAAAUAAAAAGUUAUAUAAAAACAUUUGUUGAAAAUAAUUUAUCACCAUCGUCAAUUUUUUAUAAACCUUUUCAUGAUAGUGUUAAUCAAUUUAAUUCAAAACAAAGAAUUUCAUUUCAUUUAAUAAUUGAAAAAUUAUUAAAAAAAAAUUCAAUUUGGUAUAAUUAUUUAAAUGAUUUACCAACUGAAUAUAAUAUAACAUCAACAUAUGAUGAUGAUGAAAUUGAACAUUUAGGAUAUCCAAUUUAUGUUGAAAAAGUUUUGGAGUUAAAGAAUGAGAUGCUUGAAAGUUUUGAUUCAUUUAAAGAGAUUUUAAUGGAUAAUUAUAAAAAUGAUUUAAAUAGAAUUGUAAUAAAAUUAAAUGAUAAUAGUAAUGAUGAUGAUGAUGAUGGUGGUGGUGGUGGUGGUGGUGGUGGUGGUGGUGGUGGUGGUGGUGGUGAUGAUGAAAAUAUUACUAUAAAAUUAAAAGAAAUUAUUGAUUUUAAUUUAUAUCAAUGGUGUUGGGGUACAAUUCAAUCAAGAACCUAUUAUUAUGAUAGAAAUAUGAAAGAACUACCAAAACAUUUACAAUUGGAAGAUAAGGACGAUUGUGCUUUGGUACCAUUAGCAGAUUUAUUUAAUCAUUCAUCAGAUGUUAAUACAGAAACAAAGUUUGAUGAAAAGAAGCAAUGCUAUCAAGUGAUUACAAAAACUAAAUUUGAAAAAGAUAGUCAAGUUUUCAUAUCCUAUGGUAAACACUCCAAUUUCACUCUAAUGAAUUAUUAUGGUUUUAUAAUUGAAAAUAAUAGUAACGAUUCAAUUCCAUUAGUUCAAGAAGAUGCAAUACCAGAUAUUAUAUUGGAGAAAGAAAUGAAGCAAGAUUUAAAAUCAUAUGAAAGGAAAAUGUCAAUUUUAGAACAAUAUGGUUUAUCGGUUUAUGGUGAAAAUUCAAAAUUUCUCGUUUCAAUGGACAAAGAACUACCAUUCUCUUGGAAUUAUUUAUCAAUUUUAAAAGUUUUAUAUAUGACAAAAGAGGAAUUAAAUAAUCAAUUGGAAUUAAAUUUAUUUCAUUAUGAUUUGCCAAUUAGUAAUUCAAAUUAUGAAAAAGUUUUAUAUUUUUUAAAAAAUUUAUCAAUUAUCCAAUUAACCCAAUUUAAAAAUUAUUUAAAAUUUUAUAAUAAAAAUUUUAAUUAUAAUAAUAAUAAUAAUAAUAACCAUAAUAAUGAUGAUGAUGAUGGUAUUAUUAGUGGUGAUAUUAGUGGUGGUGGUAGUGGUGAUGGUAAUAUUUUUAAUAAUAAUAUUUAUAAUGGUAUUGGCAAACGUUUUGAAAUUUCAUAUAUUUUAGAAUAUAACAUAAAAGUGUGGGAAGGAUGCACUGAAUGGGUCGACCAACAACUUCAUUUUUCUUUGAACCAAAGGUAG